CGCGAAUAAAAAAAGAUACCUCACCAAAAAGUUUCGGAACGAUGCACCAUGGAAAAAGGGUGCACAAGUUGCUUGUAUGAAUGCUCUCUAGGAGAAAAUGCCUAAUUUUGACAGUUUGCUAUGGAAAAGUUUUGGUUGAAGAUUCCGAGUAGAGCUAUGUCCUGUUUGAAAAUGUAUUUAGUGAUGUGGAACAUAAAAGCGUAAGCGUUUUAACAAACUACAAGACACCUUUCGCUAAGCAAUAAACAAAGCAAAGAUUUCCUAAGAGAAGAGAAGCAGGGAAUGCUUUUUCUAAGCUGCUUGGCUCUUUCCCUUCCAAAAAUGGAUUUCUCCAAGAGAUUUUAGCCACCUUUCGUAAUUAUACUUUAUCCUGUUAAUAAAUGAGUACAAUCUUUUGUUUCAUUUCAGCUCUACUCCCAGGUUUGUCGAAAUCUCACACGCUCCCUUGUCUUAAGAGAUCUGAUUUGCAUGAUAUAUCUAUGAAAACACGUUGUCUGAGAUUCACCCAAUUCUAAGUUCCUGAUUCCUUUUCACCAAUUGUUUACUUUUCUUAUAAAAAAUUAUCAUUUCUACACGUUCGUUCAUUUCUCUGUUUAUUUACUUUUCCCAUCGUUCUGUCCAUUUAGUCUAUGUUCAGUCCAUUCAUCAAGGAAUGAUCGUCUUAUAAGAUUUACAUCUUUUAUCAGCACUAAAUGCCAUUAUCAACGCCAUCCUUCCGCUUCCCUCUUCAUCUUUACUGGACAUCAAGACGUCUCACUAAAUUAUAGAUGGGAAACGAUAUGAAUGAUUUCCUAGGAAAUUCCUUUUUGCUUGAAACAUCCAUUUCUAGGCUUUAAGCUUAAUUAUUUAAGCAACUUCUUUAGCUUGCAUUUUGUACAAAUACCAAUAUGGAACCAAUUGUGGGUCUCUUGAUCGGAAAUGGUGGACGCGAGCAUGCAUUGGCGUGGAAAUUUGCUCAGUCUCCUCUAGUUUCGAAAAUCUAUGUAGCACCAGGCACCGGAGGUACCGAGGCUAAGGGACCAGGAUCCAAGAUUGAAAAUGUAAACAUUGGAGUCUGCGAUUUUGAAAAGCUUGUCCACUUUGCUCUGGAGAACAAGGUUAAUCUUGCUGUCCCUGGCCCUGAGCUACCUUUGGUCCAAGGUAUCGAAACUCAUUUUCGCAAAGCUGGUAUUCCAUGCUUUGGUCCUUCUUCCUUGGCUGCUAGAAUGGAAGGUAGUAAGGUGUUCGCUAAAGACUUUAUGCAUAGAAACAACAUUCCUACAGCUGUGUACUGCACUUUUAGUGACUAUAAGGAAGCUGAGCAGUUUGUCAACACUUGCUCUUUUGAUGUUGUUAUCAAGGCCGACGGUUUGGCUGGUGGAAAGGGUGUUAUCAUCCCCAAAACAAAACAAGAAGCGGUUGACGCUUUGCGCGAUAUCAUGCUUAAUGAAGAAUUUGGUAGUGCUGGAAAGACGGUCGUCAUUGAAGAAUUAUUAGUAGGAGAAGAAUUAUCUGUCUUAACCUUUACCGACGGUUACAUAUGUCGAUCUCUUCCUCCUGCCCAAGACCAUAAGCGUGCUUUUGACGGUGAUCUUGGUCCUAACACCGGUGGUAUGGGUGCCUAUGCCCCAGCCCCUAUUGCUACUCCACAGUUGGUUGACAGAAUUCACUCCACCAUCAUCCAACCUACUGUUGAUGGAAUGCGCCGUGAAGGCUAUCCCUUGGUUGGUAUUCUCUUUACUGGUCUUAUGAUUACUGCUAAAGGACCUCGUGUCUUGGAGUACAAUGUCCGCUUUGGUGAUCCUGAAACCCAAGCAGUCCUUCCAUUGCUCGAGAGCGAUUUGGCUGAAAUCAUUCUGGCUUGUAUCGAACGACGCUUGGAUUCUGUCAAGGUUUCUAUAUCGAACAAGUUCAGCUGUGCUGUCGUUUGUGUAGCUGGUGGUUAUCCCGGCUCCUAUCCUAAAGGUGAUCCUAUUACAUUUUCAGAUACCCCAAAUGGAAAUAUCCGUAUCUUCCAUGCCGGCACUUCUCUUAAAGAUGGUCAAAUAGUCACUAGUGGUGGUCGUGUUCUAGCCGUGAAUGCAACCGGAGAAACCGUUGAGUCUGCUGUUAAACUGGCGUAUGAGGGAGUUCAAACUGUGCAAUACAAAGAUAUGUCUUACCGCAAGGAUAUUGCUCACCAUGCUCUCAAACCCUCAAAUGCCUUUAAGGAAAGUUUAACCUACGAGACAGCUGGUGUUUCCGUCGAUAACGGUAAUGAAUUUGUCCAACGUAUUAAAGAAAUGGUCAAAUCAACUCGACGCCCAGGUGCCGACGCUGAUAUAGGUGGUUUCGGAGGUGUUUUUGAUUUGAAGCGGGCCGGUUGGGAAGAUCCAUUACUGGUCAGUGCCACUGAUGGUGUCGGCUCAAAGCUUUUAAUUGCUUUACAUGCCAACAAGCAUGAUACUGUUGGUAUUGAUUUGGUAGCAAUGAAUGUCAAUGACCUUGUUGUUCAAGGUGCUGAACCACUUAUCUUUUUAGAUUAUUUCGCAACUGGCAAGUUAGAUCUUGCAGUUUCUACCAGCUUUGUCGAAGGUGUUGUUAACGGCUGCAAGCAAGCUGGUUGUGCCUUAGUGGGUGGAGAAACCUCUGAGAUGCCCGGUCUUUAUCACGAAGGACAUUACGAUGCCAAUGGUACUUCAGUGGGUGCUGUUCCUCGCCAGGCUAUGUUGCCCAACCAUCAAGCUUUCCGUUCUGGAGAUGUUUUGCUUGGUCUAGCUUCUGAUGGUGUUCAUUCCAAUGGUUACUCACUUGUUCGUCGAAUUGUAGAGGUGAGCGGCUUAGACUAUAAUUCUACGUGCCCUUGGGAUGAUAGCACUACUUUGGGUGUCUCCUUACUUACUCCAACUCGUAUUUACGUUAAGCCUUUGCUUCAAAUCAUCAAGAAGGGCUUGGUUAAUGGCAUGGCGCACAUUACUGGUGGAGGAAUUUUAGAGAAUGUGCCGAGAAUGCUUCCCAAGCAAUUUAAAGCCGUAAUAAAUGCAAAUACUUGGGAGGUGCCGGAAGUAUUCAAAUGGUUGCAGCGCACCGGUAAUGUUCCUGUGUCUGACAUGGCUAGAACCUUUAACAUGGGUAUUGGCAUGGUAGUUGUAGUUUCGUCUGAACAUGCCGAGGAAGCCAUUCAAGACUUGACUAACUCUGGUGAAACUGUCUAUCGUAUUGGAAGCCUAGUUGAAAAUAGUGACCACGAACAAUGCAGCUUGCUUAAUUUAAACAAGUGGGAGGCUCAUUAUUAACGUGUUAAGUUUUGCCGAAACAACCCUUAAUCUACAAAGGAAACAAACAUUUUAAUUAAUUUUUGGUAAUAGAUUUAAUAAUAUCCGCUUACUCAUAAUACGUCCAC